UAGCGGAUAUAGUUCGCACUGAAUAAAAGCUAUUUGUAUUUCCGGUCAAAGCUGCCGGUGACUUUUGUGCCAAUAUUUAACAGUAAAUAAGUGAAAAUGACGUUAUUCCACUUUGGGAAUUGUUUAGCACUUGCUUAUGUGCCAUAUAUGAUUGUUUACAAGUUUUCAGGAUUAGCAGAGUAUGGAGCAUUUUGGAAGUGUGUGCAGGCUGGAGGAGCCUACAUGUUUACACAAUUAUGUAAGAUGUUAGUUUUGGCCACAUUUUUCCCAGCCACAGAAGUAUCUACUGGCUUGGACGUUGUUGGAGAAUUCAUGAAGUCGACAGUAGAUUUUGCAGACUUAGUAGGAAUAUAUUUUGUAAUGUCUAAGAUAGCAGGAAAAGGACAGCUUAAAUUUAUGGUGGCUGGUUUAGGGUGGGCAACAGCAGAACUCUUAGUUACAAGAUUAUUGCCUUUAUGGGUUGGUGCCAGAGGAGUAGAAUUUGAUUGGAAAUAUAUACAGAUGUGUUUUGAGUCCAAUAUUAAUUUGGGACAUCAUAUGUGUGCAGCUAUGUUAGUAUGGUUAUACAGUAGAAAUGACCUUCAGAAGACAUAUGUUCCUAUAGUGAUGUCCUUGUUAGCACUGAGUUGCUAUAGACCACUUAUUGUAGAAAUUUUAAUACAUGCAGUAGGCCUGGGAUCAUGGACAUUAUUGGCGGCAAAAGCUUUAUUUACAACAACAGUUGGGGUCAUUGGACUUCAGAUAUUCCUAACAAUGGCUGUUCAGACAUCAAAUAACCAUUACUAAUCAGACCUUAUAUAUGGAGUGCAUAGAACAACUGGUCAUUAACAAUAAACACACCCUGUUACUCGCUAUCAGUAAGGCAGAUGCAAUAGGUAAUACAGUUCAAUAUUUGCUGUACACGAUUGUAAAACCAUUGUAUUACAAUGACAAUUGGAAAUGCAAACAUAAAAUUACAUUAUCGGCAAUUUGUACAUUUUCCCUUUGAUCUUACUGCCUAACAUUUUCAAGAUCAUGGACAGGACUUGAUACUCGAAAAUAUUAGACAAUGAUGUCGUAUCAGAGCAGCAACGUCACCUGUUCAUGUCCAUUCGUGUCACUUUAUCAAUCAAAUGCAUGGGACUUCUUUCAUCCCACAACAUUUUGUACACGUAAAAAUAGUUUUACUAGCUAUUUCAUUUGAUUUCAUAUUUUCAACCAAAAAAACGUACAGUUAAGACAAAUUGCCAAUAAAAAAAAAUGGCAUUUUAUUUUUCGAAAUGCCAUUAUUCUAUAUGUACACAAAAGCCAAAACAAUUGUUUUGAAUAACAAUAUCAAGCACAAAUCCUAUUGUACCUGCUGUACCGAUAGCCAGUAAUAUAAAAAGGGAAGGGGUAAAUGUGUUAACACAUUUUCUUGCAAGUGUUCACUUCUAUUUUGAUGUGUCAGUCUGUUUUUAAAAAAGAGAGAAAAAAAAACAAUUGAUGAACCUUAAAUGGUCAGGUAAAACUAUGGGAAAUCUAGGAUAUUGCUUGAAGCAAGCUGUUUCAUCAGACCAAUAUUAAUUUUAGCAUUUUACAAUUGUUAAAAUAGCACUAGAUAAUAUUGAACUGACCAUUUAUAAGAAAAUAGGUUAAAACAGGAAUAGUUUAUGGUGUAAAUGUAUAACAGAGAGUUGAAGUAUAUAAGAAGAAUUUAGAAUUCAGUUUUUGGAAGUAAUGUGAUGUACGAUGAUCUUUGAUAAAACAUUAUCCUAAGUUAUGUUGUUUGUAAGGUAUUUUAUCUAUUGUUUUUAUUGUAAAUCAUUUAAUAUUUAAACUUUUCAUUGAUGAAUGAAAUUUCAUACUACAAUCAUGUCAUCUCAUGUAAAUUUAGAUAGUGAUGCUUGCAUUUCUUGUGUCAGCUGACUGCUUCCAUAUCACACUUUCUUUAUGUGUAACUGUUGACAACUUGAGAAUGAAACCAAACAUGCACAGAUUCUUCUAUAAGACAUCAAGUUGUGCACUUGCUAUUUAGCUUUUUGAACAGAGUGAUCCUUUAGGGUUUUCUAUACCAAAAACAGAAAAUUAAUCAUUUCAGGUUAUUUUUUUAUCAGGCAACACACAUCGUACUCACUCAUUUUCAACACACAAUACUAAGUAAUGUAUGUGAAUUUGUUGUAUAUAUGAAAAUGAUCUGAAUUUACAUUAUAUUGUAUUCUGAAUGUAGUUGUAAUGGUGAGUCUGUUCUUACUGAUAAAAAAUGAUUGAUACAAACUAAAUCUAGGUAAAAUUUAAGCUUUGUUUCUGUGUACUGUGUAACCUCUACUUUAUAUUAAAACACUGCCAUUCAAGUGAUACAGUUUCAAAAAUAUGAAAUCAUUUCAUUAUUUGACAUUUAUUGUUAAACCUGGUCUGCGAACAUGUAAAUCUAUCUGUCCUUUGUCCCUUUUAGGGAAAUUCAUAGUGCCAGCUUUUUCAUGUCAGUUUUUCAUGAAAAGGAUAAUUGAUUUGUAUAGCUAUGUUAUUUAAAACGUUUUUCAAAGGAAAUAAUGGGUGACUUAUGUUAGAAAUUGUGUAUUGAUAAAGGCAUUGUAUUCUAUUCAGAAUAAAAAUUAAGAAUUC